ACGUGUGUGUAUUUAUGUGCGAGUCUCAGCCUCCGCGCGGCGCGCGGCCCUGAUUGGUGCCGGCCGGGCGCUGGCUCGGCUUUGCGAGGGUGUCGUCACGGCCUGGAGGAAACCAGUCUCUUUACCUGAUAAAACGUAUGAAUAGAUGGUUAGUCAUAAACUUCAGCGCCGUCGGAACGGAGGCUGUAGCUUUAAAAGCCGUGCUGGUGACUUCAGGUACACCUGCAACACAGGUAGGGCAGGACCGGUUUCCAGGCAACUGUCAGGGGUGAAGAAAGGGACCAAACGCUGCUUGCUGACUGACGCCUCGGGUGCACCAUGUCCACCGCGGGAGUCGCUGCCCAGGAGAUCCGCGUCCCGCUGAAGGCGUUUCUGCACGAUGGCCAGGCCCUGGGGAGCCUGAACGCGUGCUGGGGCCGCCGCCGGGAGCUGGGGAAUAACUUUCUAAACAUCCAUCCGAUCACCAUGGCCUACAAUCUGAAGUCGACCACACAGGCGCACCUGACGUCUCUCGGGCGCGCCUCGGCACCUGCCCCGACUAACGGCCACCGCCUGGCAGAGCACGGCCCCCCUCAGAAGCCCAGCCUGCCCCCUCUCAUCCUUCCCCCAAGUGAAAGCUCGGGGCCCGACGAGGACCCGGUGGUGUGUGGCUUUAAGAAACUGUCGGUCAACGGGGGGUGCGCCCCCACGCCGCCACUCACGCCCAUGAAGAACGGCCCGUCCCCCGUGCCCUGUGUGGCGGGCUCCCGGCCGCUCCCCCCGCUGCCCAUCUCCGAGGGCCUCUCCCUGGACGACACGGACUGCGAGGUGGAGUUCUUCACCUGCUCCGACACGGACUGGCUCCUGGGGGGCGGCGCGCCCUCCGACUUCCAGGCCGGCGUGCCGGGCCGGCGGAGCUUCCGCGGGUGCGGGCAGAUCAACUACGCCUACUUCGAAACCCCGGCCGUCUCGGUGGUGGACCUCAGCCAGGCCCCCGAGCGGGGCGCAGGGGGGCCGCCCUCAGACCCCCCGCCGCAGAGCCACCGGCGGCUCCGGCGGUCGCACUCGGGCCCCGCCGGGUCCUUCCACAAGCCGGCCAUCAAGGUGCACGGCCACACCCACCGCGCCUCCCCCCACCCCGACACAGACAAGCCCGAGGUCCCCCCCAGGGUCCCCAUCCCUCCACGGCCCGUGAAGCCCGACUACAGACGGUGGUCGGCAGAGGUCACUUCCAGCACCUACAGCGACGAAGACAGGCCCCCCAAAGUGCCGCCCAGGGAGCCCUUGUCCCGGAGCAACUCCCGCACCCCGAGUCCCAAAAGCCUUCCGUCUUACCUCAACGGGGUCAUGCCCCCCACGCAGAGCUUCGCCCCGGACCCCAAGUACGUGAGCAGCAAAGCUCUGCAAAGACAGCUCAGCGAAGGCUCCGCCAGCCGGGCGCCCUGCAUCCUGCCCAUCAUCGAGAACGGGAAGAAGGUCAGCUCGACGCACUAUUACCUCCUCCCCGAGAGGCCGCCGUACCUGGACCGCUACGAGAAGUUCUUCACGGAGGCCGAGGAGGCGGGCGCCGGCACCCAGGUGCAGCCCUUCCCCGCCGACGGCGGUGUCCUCGCCGCCCCCGGGAAGCUGGACCCCGGGACCCGGGGGGACGUGGGCGGCCACGGGAAGCGUAAGCACUUGUCCUACGUGGUUUCUCCGUAGACUCGGGUCACGGCUCGGCAGAGGGUCCACGGGAGCAGGUGGUUCCCAAGCAGUUUCCCAGUUUGACUGAGGUUCAGGGGAAGAUGUUUCAGGUGCAGAACAAACUUGAACUCUGUCCGGAGAGGUGGAGAGGUGCUUCAUGCUGAGGACCCAGUGUCCAAGCCCACAGAUGUGACGGGAGGGCAGGACGCGGACACUCACAGACGCCCAUCGUAUCCAUGUGUAAACUCGCAGUCUAGCCGUCGCCAGUUAACCAGUCAGCUGCUCUCAGUGAUGUGUAUUCAGAAUAAAACACGCUGGACUAGGGCUCCCGGUCGACUGAACACUGAGCAAACAGAAGAAAGCACAGUAUUUAGAAUCCUAGAGAAUUAUUUUUGCUGAGUAAGUUUGAAGAUUUCUGGCUCUUUGGUCUGUUAUGUUUUGUUGGAUGUAUUUUUGCAGCCUUUUCCAUGGGGAGCGGGAUGUGUCCUUACUGCGGCUGUGCCUACCUAGUUUAAAACCGCCCGAGACCCAAGACUUGCAGACUUCACUUCCUGUCCCUGCGGGGAGGACUAGCAGUUUACCUGGCAACCACACUUCCACCUGCACGGGUCUCGCUUCUUGACAAAGAAGAAGAUGGUAGGACAUUUUCCUGACGGUUCCUGCUUUGUUCCACCCACCGACGGCCACAUCGCGCUGCCCACAGCAGUGGACGGACGUGCGCUCUACGCCAUCGGUCCGCUUUGCAGCAGGAAUGAAGCAGCCACGUGCCUGAGAGUGACUGUGGGGGUGUGUGUGCGGGGUUUUAGACUAUUAAUAAACAAAUACAACACAAGCUGGCCUUGUGUUGCUGGUUCCUACUCAGUAUUUCCUGGGGAUUGUUGGCUUUUGAAGUAAAGCCUUCUGACCAAGAGCAACUGUGUCUUAAUACGAGAGUCCCAUCAGCACCGUCUGCUCCCAGGCCCACGCCUGCGCGCACACUGCCUGCCAAGCCUCCGUGUCCCCCGCACAGUUCGGCCCAGCGAGAGGUGCUCCCACAGAGGUGCGUUACCGCGACGUUCUCGCCAGUGAAACCAGCUGUUUACAGUUCCGCUGAGUGACUGACUGAGCUCUUUAAAGCGGAUGUGUUAGUCUGAACUAAAUGAAGGUUAAAACAUGCUUUAGGAAAAUGCACUGAUUUCUGCAUUAUGUGUACAGUAUUGGACAAAGGAUUUUCAUUUUUGUUGCAUUAUUUUGAAUAUUGUCUUUUCAUUUUAAUAAAGUUACAAUACUUAUUUAUGAUACUGUUAA